AUGGACACUUUGCCCAUUACGAAUGGAGUCAAAACGAUGCUGUCUGCCCCGGAAGAUUACGUUGUCAACUUCAAUGACCCACAGCAGAGUAAGGCGCUGCAGAGCUAUCUGAGUUUCGGUAUCGAGGCCCCAUUAGCUACCCUUGCUUUGAUCCAGCGAUAUUACACCAAGAUCUACCUCUUGGGUGGGCUAACUGUAGACGGCGGUUUCAUGUUCCUGGCUUGGAUGGCAGCUUUCAUCGAUGGUGACGCAAAUACUCAAUACUCUUUUGUGGUGAAAGUAUACGGUGUUCACGGAUGGGAGAUGUCCGUUGAGAAGUUUCAAAUUUUCACUCUGAUGCUCUGCAAUGGCUUCACGAAGUUAUCUCUGUUAACAUUUUACCUCCAGCUAUCCCCUUUCCUAAAGUUUCAUGUCCCGGUCUGGAUUGCCAUUGGACUGGUGUCAUGCUAUACAGUUAUCAUCACUGCUCUCCUUGUCUUCACAUGCAAUCCAGUAUGGAUGGGCUGGAGUGCAUUUCCCGACGAGUCAAAAUGCCUGGACCGUGGUCCUUUAUAUAUUGCUACCGGCGUUUCCAACAUCGUCACGGAUGUGAUAAUAUUCCUUCUUCCGAUCCCGAUGAUUGUGGGACUUCAGAUGACGAUCGAAAAGAAGAUAACUGCUGUGUUUAUUUUCGGUCUUGGAACUGCAACCGUUUUAGUUUCUGGUCUUCGUCUUGCCUAUGUUUUCCAGUAA